AUGGUAAAGCAGAUCGAGAGCAAAUAUGCUUUUCAGGAAGCCUUGAACAGUGAGGGGAACACUUUAGUAGUUGACUUCUCUGCCACAGGGUGUGGGCCUUGCACAAUGGUCAAGUCCAUCUCUCAUGCCCUCUCUGAGAAGGAUCCCAACGUGGUGUGCCUUGAAGUAGAUGUGGGUGACUGUCAGAGGUUGCUUCAGAGUGUGAAGCCAACCCUCCCAUUUUUAAAAAAGGAACAGAAGGUGGGUGAAUUUUCUGGAGCUGAUAAGGAAAAACUUGAAGCUACCAUUAAUGAAUUAAUCUAAUUAUGUUUUCUGAAAACAUAACCAGUCAUUGGAUGUUGACAACUUGUGAUAUUUUUUUAUUUACAAAAAGGAAAGAUCAAGUAUGAAGACUAUAUACCCAACUGCCAUCUGAUUAUAAGUGACAAUAAAAUAUUA